AUGAUGAAGUGGAAAUGACCUCUUUCUUUCCACAUCGAGAACAAGAAGAAAAUCCUAACGAGGAUGAGGACGAUAGCGAUGGCGAUGCCCGCGCCCGUCCUCCUCCUCCUCUCUCCGCCUGGAUCCUGCGGUUCAAGCCAGUGAUCGAAGGUGAGUCUGGUCAGGGAAUCACGAGGAGCGGGCGAAUGCGUCGAUCGCGCUCCUGCUCCUCGGUUCUACUGCCCGAAUUCUCGAUCAAGCGGCCCCAGCACGAAGAAUGCCACGAGCCGCUGGAGGAUUGGCUGCUCCACCGGCAUUCCAUUUCUUCCCCUUCUUUCUCGCAGGAGAAAUCCCGUUCCAAUUCCAGCAGCCUCUCUCGCAGCCUCGACAGGAGCUCCUUCCUCCUCGCUCCCAAUUGCGAGGCUCCACGGCGAAUCAUUCGAGGGUUCGUCGCCGCCACCGACAGCCAAGAACCGCAAGAUUCCCUUUGCGGCUUUCUCAAAGCCAAUGCUCCACUGCCAUACAGCAGCUAUCAAGGAUCCAAUCCUCGCGACGAACAAGGAUUGGAUCCAGCAAAAGGAUUAGCAUCCCUGCUCACCGAAUCAUCCACAAAUCGUCACCAAAAACAAUCCCAGCAGCAAUCUGGAUCAAACCAGGAGAACUUUGUCCAUCCGGAGUCUGUUCUAACCCGACCGCUCUACACCAAACGGCAAUCCAUCCGCAAGGAAGGGUCGUGGAUCAACCGAUGGUCGGACGAAAACUCGGCCUCGGUCUCUGGCCUCGGCUACGUUCCCAGCGCCGCUGCCAUGGCGAUCAUCAGUAAAUCUUACACGAGCUCACUCACAACACCGUCAUGGUCUAACUCGAUCGAGGCCUGGCAGUCGGACGCCGACUCCAAGGAUGCUCGUCGCUGGUAGCAACUAGGAAACUGUAGUAGGCAACUUUUUUUUUUCUUUCAAAGUUCUCAAAGUUCAUCUGCAUCUGCGAAUAACAUAUUAAAAACCAAGGCAGCGAUUUCGAAAAUGAAAAAGCCUGCGAGUAGCGUAGCUAUGUAGUAACAACUUACUGAAUGGUGGUUCUUUAGACAAAAUAUAAUAUGCCAGUAUGGACAAGGUACAAUGGACUGCACAAACAAAAAACAAAGAAAUUUUCAUGGUCGCUCG